AUGGCUGAUAUUGAUAAACAAGCCCGCCGCAUAAAACCGUUAGAAGCUCUUUCUAAUGAUGAUGAAAAUAACGUUAAUGAUAAGACAUAUUUACUCGAUAGCCACGAUCAUGAAGCAGAGGAAAAUUACUUGGAUGGUAUCCUCACCGCGAAAGAUGGUACUUUGAGCAUCGAUGAUAUCGUGAAUUCUUCAGUAGUGGGACUCUUUCACAUCUUUGUAACAAUUUCUUGUGGAUUAUGUUAUUCCACUGCUACUAUCAUUUUAAACGCAUAUAGUUCAUUUAUUGUAGCAGCAUGUGAUUUACACAUUACGAUAAGCAAUAGUAGUUGGGUGGGCUCAUCCUUAUCUAUAGGUAUGAUGAUUGGUAGUUUAGUACUCGGAAUCGUAAGUGAUUAUAUUGGUAGACGGAAAACAAUUUUAAUAUCUGUAUCUUGUAAUAUCAUUAUUAUGAUUGUUUCGGCAUUUUCGUACAAUUAUCUGAUGGCUGCAUUAUUGGCUUUUCUUAAUGGAUUUUGUCUCGGUGGUGUCAUAACAAGUUGCCAUCCGUACAUGGUCGAAUUUUUACCAAAACGAUAUCGUGGCCUGUCAGUUCCUUGCAUGACUUCAUUUGUCAUCUUUGGUAAUAUUUAUUGCAAUGUAACUGGGUUCCUGAUAUUACCAUUUCGAUUUUAUUACUCAAUAGGAGAAAUCUACUUCACAAGUUGGCGGUUACAUUUUAUUAUUUGCACUGUGCCAAUGUUGAUAGGGAUUCUUUCACUUCUUUUCUUACCUAAUAGUUUAAGAUUUACAUUAAAACGAGGAAAUACUAUUCAAGUUGUGCAAAUCUUCAAUCAAAUA